AGCGCUUCAGCAAUGAAACUAUUGCAUGAGAAUAGAAUAGAAAAGCUUUUGGUCAUAGAUGAAAACUCCUACUCUAUAGAUUUGAUCACAGUUAAAGAUAUUAAGAAAUACAAUGGAUACCCUAAUUCAUGUAAUGAUACUUAAGGGUGGCUCAGAGUUGCCGCUGUAGUUGGUACUGGUAAAAAGGAUGGUAUAGAAAGAUGUGAAACUAUGGUCAGAGAAGAGAUUGACGUAAUUAAUGUUGAU